CAUGCGCAGUGCGCUAAGUCAUAUCCUAAAGGGCGGCGUUCAGAACACGCAUAACUGCGUGCAAUUCGGCGGGUCAGAUCUCAAGUUGCCAAGGUCUUCUUUGGGUUCGACGUCUUCAUCUGGCUCCGCUUCGGGCUCUGCUCCCUAUGGCGCCGGCUUGGGUUACUCUUCCUCUGGAUCCGGCCCGGGUUAUGCUUCUUCUGGCCCUGCCGCUGGCUUCGCUCCCUCUGGUCCGACCACGGGUUUUACACUUUCGGCCAUGAAUCAAAGCACCCAAAACCAAAUCGCACCAGCAGCUGCCCAAGUGAACAAUACUCACUUCUACCAAAGCGGCUCCAACAAUCUCGCGGGCGUGCAGGCUGCAUCUUCGCAGGCCAACAUCAUCCCGAACCCGCCUUCAGCACAAGGCCAAUCUGCCUUCCAUGGAGCUGCUGGCACACCCUCCUCCUCCUCCACCGUACCUCAGACGGCAUCUUCCUCCAUUUCACCGGCAUCUGCAAAGAAACCUGCGUUUUCACUGUCCAACUGUUUGCCUACCUUCGCCAACGAAGACGCUUUAGUCAAGCACCUCGCCAAACUGUGGAACGAUGCCAAGGUUAUUGUCUGCAGCUACGAUGAGACCAAGCUCGAGCAGUUCUUCGAAGCUCAAGCUCAAGCCGAACACGGCUUCAAGAUUGCCCUGAAGUUCAAGGUCAAUAUACUCCGGCAACUCAUCAAUAAGCAAUUGGUGCCAGCGCUUGCACUCUUUCGCCAGUACCGCCUGAGCGAGGAGCAGCUCGUCAAGACCGGCUGGGACAUCAAUGCUCUGCGCUACUUUGGCAAUCUCGUGUAUUCUGCCGCGCAGUGGCACGAGGUCUUCGGCAAGAUUGCUUUCGUCGUCCAGGACCUGUUGCGCAUGCUGUGGCGGCCCAACAACAUCCAGAUGGACAUCGACGACACAUGUCCUGAGCAUUGGUACCAGACCAUCGAUGCGAACAUGCAGAGCAUGCCUCGUCUCCUUGCUCAGUGGCGGCACAACUCCGGAAAGUUCGUUCCUACUGAGAACGCUUUCGCCAAGCGAGACUUGGAGAUCACACUCAAGCACGCCGUCGACUGCUUGCAGGUUCUCCAAGAGUCCCAUCCGGAUGUCAACCCGGAAAAGCUUUGGAAGCGCGAGAAGCUGGUAGAGACAAUUUUCGUCCUUGAACAAAUUUCGCGCGACAUGAACUUCGACUACAUUGUCGACGAUCUCCUGCAAACCGCCGAAAAGCUUCUCCAGGGUUACGAUGCCACCGUUGACGUGGCCAAGCAGCGGCGUGAGCAAUACCUCGCGGUGUUCAGGGAGCAAGGGCGUGAGUUCCAUUUUCUCACGGAGGAGCUGGCCAAGCAGCAGGAGGUACGGCAAGAGGAUCUCGAGCUGAUCCACGAUUGGUUUGCCCGGUUCGCAGAGACGUCGGACCGCCUCCAAGGUUCUCUUCACAUCGACGAGGAUGCUCAGGGGUACUGGAACGUGGGCAGGCUCGACGAGCUCCGCUCGUACAUGCGGCAGAUGGCACACCUCAGCAUAUCCGAGCAUUACGAGCCUCUGAUGAAGAACGUGGAGAAGGUCUGGAAGAUCUUCAACUGAGUCAGAGGCGUGUACCACAAGCCUGCCGUCAGUAUCCGCGAGCUUGUCCAUGCCCUCAGCAACGCAACCAUCUUGUUCGUAUUGCCAAUUGAGAAACCGCAAUUAGGUACUCAUUUACCGCCUAUUGAGGCAGAUUCAUCAUCUUCUCUGCGUCAUCCAGCUGCACAAUUCUGUUCAAGCAUUGCAAUCCUUCUCUACGCUCUUCUCACAUUGAAAUCCGUAUCUCCAACAACACGACAAGCUACGAGAUCGAAGCCACGCUCAAAAGCUACUGAUACGAGCUGCGAGAACCUUUUCUCUUUUAUCUUUUUAGCCUGACACACCCCAAUGGCUUCAUUUCAUCUCAGACUCUACAACAAUCGCGAGACGUCUAGAUUCAAUUCCCGACCUGCAAACUCACCAUACCAUAUCGACACUACUAUCCCGGAACGCACGAGGACAACGACAAUCGCAAACUGCCAACGCAGCAUCACGAGCCCCAAGACGUGAUACAACUGCUCUAUUCCCACCAGUCACUGCAGUCGUCUCGUGCGCCACGUCCACAUUCAAGCCAUGAUAUCCGACAUCUUCAAACCCAUGAGAUCAAAGCCACGCUCUACAAGCCAAUACCAUGAGCGGCGAUCACCCAUCCCUCUUCUCCACCACCCACAACAGCUCCAUUCCAAAGUUUCACUAUUUUGUCAUCUUCUCACUUCAUCCACUUCCGCCUUCGCCUCCUCUGCCUCCCACUGCCAUUGCCGUAAGCCAACUGCCAACUGCUACAUGCCAUCCGUCGCCAAAUCGAAUCGCACUCCCAGUUUUUUCGACUCGCAAUUCCAGCAACAUCGAAUCGCACAUUUAAGCAUUCUCGAAUCGCAAUCUUGCAACCGCAAAAGCAUCGAAUUCGCCAUUCUUGCAUUUCAAAAGCAUCAGAAACGCCAUUAUUCAUCGAAACGCAAUCUCCGCAUGUUUCUACGAUUAUCCGCCAUAUCGACGCGUUUUCUCAGGAUCAGAACCGCCAUUUUCCGUGUCUACGAAUAUGACCGAGAACCGGAUCAUCCACACAAAGCAUCGUGAGCGCAAUUCAGCAUUUUCCGCAUCUUCCAGACAGCAGCAUUCACAAUUCUCCGCGUCUACCAAUAUGACCGAGAAUGUGGAUCACUCUCCGCACCGCACGCUUCUUCACACAUCGUUCGAAAACAAAAGCAUCAGCAUCGCCAGCAGUGCACUUCCACGCAUCGUUCAAAGGACCGCACUAGCAUCAUCAGCGCACAUCUUCGCCUCGUUCGAAAACCGCAUUAUCAGCAUCGCAACCUUACAAACCCGCGCGAACGCACUUUUCCGCAAAAACAUCAUCGACGCAUUUCCACGCAUUUCCACGCAUCGCAACAACCAAUAACUCGAAUCGCAAUAUUCCACCGCGUUUCCGUUUUUCACACUUCUUUCUUUGGGAUACAAUGGCAUUGGCAACGCCACAGCAUCCUCCCUCAAUGGCAACAACGAGAUCGAGCGAGCAAGUGAAGUGGUCCUGGCAAGACCCUUCGACUCCUCCCAUCUCCUCGUCUCCUCCAACAAAGGCAUACAUACUACGGCAACAAGAUCGAGCGAGCAAGCGAGCGAACGGUUCUGGCAACACCUUUCGACCCAUCAACUCUCCUCUCUCAUCACGUACUACAAAGGCAUGAGCAGACACUGCGGCGGCAAUCGCAAAUACUGUGGAUGAAUGGUCCUAACAAGACCUUCCACCUCUUGCUUCGCUCUUUCCUCCUACUUCUAUUCCUCUCUCUCAUGAUCGACAACUCCACAAAUGAGAGCAAGCGAGAAGACGAAUAGACAAAUGAGCGAUCAAGUAAUCAUCACAAUGAGAAUGGACAGACAAUCCAUAAGAUGACAACGAACACAACACGACAAGCACAAAACUUACUUCAAAAGACGAGCGAUAGCUUCUCGCAUGGAACUUUUACGUCAACUUCACACUGGGUGGUGUGGGAACAAUACCUCAUGGGAUCGACAUCUCAUGGAGACACAAAUCAAAGAUCAAAAGGAUAUCAACUUGAAAACAACACGGCGACAACCCCUCCUCUAGGGAACAACUCAAACACGACAAUAACGAUAUUGGUGUGCGCCUCUGAGCUCGAGAUCACGGGUUUAGAAUUUAUCAACAGUCUUGCGAAUACAAUACGGGAAUCACAGAUGAAAUAGAAGCUUUUUUUCGGUCGAGGGAUUAAUUCAGGCUACGAGAGAUUGGAGGAUAUGAGUGUUCUUCUUGCACUGGUUUUCUUUCCCUGUGGACUUGUCGGAGACUCUUUUCUUUUCUUUUCUUUAAUCUUGUUCUUUUUCCUGCUUUGCGUUUAACAAUAUGAGGGCCUCUCUCACACUGCAAAUGCGGUUAAGGCUGUUUAGCGAUUGCGACUCGGCCUUUGACUUUCGACUACGGUUGCGGGUUGGGCUGUCGCGAUCUCUUCCAGUUUGAACUGCUCCUGCGGUUUGCUUGGCUCUGCAGCGAUGUCUCUUCUAUUUGCCCUUUUUCUUUGGAACUGCGGAUGUGGUUCAGGGCUGUGAGAUCUUGCUGUUGCUCUGCUUCUGAUGUGUUUUCGAUAAAAAGUGUAUUUUCUCCUUUUCCUGUUUUUUUCUUCUGCGGCGAUGGUUUUGGACUUGUUUAUGCGUGCAUGCAGCUGGAUACUUUGUUUUUUGCUAAUCACAUGUUCGAUUCAAUU